AUGACUGCAAGCCCUCUUCUCCUUCUCGCGUGGCACACUGCGAGUCAGCGUGCAUGGCCACAUGGCGAAGCCCAUCUUGAUCCUGUAAUCUAUUGCAUAUUGGCUAAUUUGCAGUCAACUGGCCAGUCGCAUCGGUUUUCUCCACGUCGAGCACAGUUGCCAUGCCACGUGAAUCGGCCAUCAGGUCUGGCGGACAUUACAGCUGACCGCAAAUCGGGGCCUACAUUUGCCCAACCCUAG